AUGUCUGUUGUUGGCUUGGAUUUCGGUGUCCAGAACUCGGUCAUCGCAGUCGCCCGCAACAAGGGUGUCGAUGUGAUUGCCAAUGAGGUCUCGAACCGCGCAACACCAUCGCUUGUGGGCUUUGGCGCCCGCAACAGAUAUCUCGGCGAAGCUGCAAAGACACAAGAAGUUUCGAACCUCAAGAACACCGUCGGCUCCCUCUCGCGCCUCGUAGGUCGCUCAUUAAACGAUCCGGAUGUUCAGAUUGAGCAGGAUUACGUCUCRGCACCGCUCGUCGAUGUCAAUGGCCAGGUCGGCGCCGAGGUCACGUACCUGGGCCAGAAGCAAAAGUUCACUGCUUCGCAGCUGACUGCCAUGUUCCUCACAAAGGCACGCGAGACGGCAUCAAAAGAGUUGAAGCUCCCAGWAAAUGACAUGGUUAUCGCCGUGCCAGCGUGGUACACAGAUGCACAGCGGAGAGGAAUACUGGACGCUGCCGACAUUGCGGGCAUCAAAGUCCUGCGCCUCAUCAACGAGACGACAGCGACAGCGCUUGGAUACGGUAUCACCAAGCUGGACUUGCCCAGCGCAGAGGAGAAGCCACGAAGAGUCGCAUUCAUCGACAUUGGUCACACCAACUACACCGUCUCCAUCUGUGAAUUCAGAAAGGGAGAGCUCAAGGUGGUCGCCACGGCCUACGACAGGCAUUUUGGUGGUCGCAACUUCGACAAGGCCAUUGUCGAGCACUUCCGUGCUGAAUUUAAGGAGAAGAACAAGAUUGACAUCAACGAGAACCCCAAGGCACGCCUGCGUGUCGCCGCUGCAUGUGAGAAGCUAAAGAAGGUCCUCUCUGCCAACGCCAUCGCUCCAAUCAACAUCGAGUCGCUUAUGAACGAUGUGGACGUUCGCGGCAUGAUGAAGCGUGAGGAGUUGGAGGAGUUGGUCAAGCCUCUUCUCGAGCGUGCGACUGUUCCCCUCGAGCAGGCUCUCGCCGAGGCGAAGCUCAAGGUUGAAGACAUCGACAUUGUUGAGCUGGUGGGUGGCUGCACCCGUGUUCCAGCUCUCAAAUCCGCUAUCCAGACCUUCUUCGGCAAGACGCUUUCGUUCACCCUCAACGCCGACGAGGCCAUUGCUCGUGGGUGUGCUUUCAGCUGUGCUAUCCUUUCUCCGGUCUUCCGCGUGCGCGACUUUAGCGUACAGGACAUUGUCAACUACCCGAUCGAGUUUGCGUGGGAGAAAUCCGCAGACAUUCCAGACGAAGACACAAGCCUGACUGUCUUCAACAAGGGCAACGCCAUGCCUUCCACCAAGAUCUUGACAUUCUACCGAAAACAACCAUUUGACCUUGAGGCGAAGUACGCCAAGCCAGAGGGUCUGCCAGGAAAAGUCAACCCAUGGAUCGGACGCUUCAGCGUGAAGGGCGUCAAAGCAGACAGCAAGGACGACUUUAUGAUCUGCAAGCUCAAGGCGCGCCUGAACUUACACGGAGUACUCAACGUCGAGCAGGGUUACUACGUGGAGGACCAGGAGAUCGAGGAGCCGAUCCCCGAAUCCAAGGAUGAGAAGAAGGAUGGCGAUGCAAUGGAGACCGACGACAAGGCAAACGGCGACGCGCCCAAGACCCGCAAGGUAAAGAAACAGGUUCGCAAGGGUGACCUGCCGCUGUCUACCGCUUCGGCGUCGCUUGACCAAUCGACCAAGGAUUCGUACAUGGAGAAGGAAGGCCAGAUGAUUGCCGAUGACAAGCUUGUUGCUGAGACCGAGGACAAGAAGAACGAGCUUGAGUCCGAGAUCUACUCCAUGCGUGGAAAGAUCGAUGAGCCGUAUGAGAGCAAUGGCUACUCUGAGUUCGCUAGCGAAGAGGAGAAGCAGAAGAUUCGCGAGAAGUGCGAACAGCUUGAGGAAUGGUUGUACGAUGAAGGCGAUGAUGCCAGCAAGGGUCAGUACAUUGCCAAGAUGGAUGAGCUGCGAGCUUCUGCCGGUCCUAUUGUGCAACGUUUCAACGAUAGGCGGCAGGAGGAGGAGGAUGCCCGACGGAAGGUCGAGGAGGAGGCCGCUGCCAAGCGACGCGCAGAACUCGAGGCCAAGAAGAAGGCCGAGGAUGAGAAGAAAAAGGCCGAGGAGGCCGCAAAGAAGGCUGCCCCUGAAAAGGCGGACGAGGAGAUGAAGGACGCUCCAGCUGACACCGAGGCGCCUGCUGCUGAGGAGACUUCUUAG